GGUCUGGGAUCUGGAUUUCACAGAGGCCGAACCUCUGGAUCCCAGGAUAGCAGAGGAGAUCGCGGCAGACGGACUUGACGCUUUCACCUGGCUUCACCAGUCUCUCUCGCCGUUUGCUGCGGAGGACUGUGAGAAUAGAGAGAAUAUCUGGACCUUGUUUGCUGAAAACAACUUCUCUCAUAAUGCUCUCGUGGCUGUGUUGCACCACUUUGUCCAAGCGGGCCAGCGUAAAAGAGCUAACGCACAGCAGAGGGUUUACGCUCUUCAUGCGGCUGGGUUGUACUUCUUACUGCUGGAAAUCCCAGGCAGCAUAGCUAACCAGCUGUUCCAUCAAGUGAUGUUUGAUAAAUGUCUUCACACCCUGACAAAAAGUUGGCCUCAAGAACCAGAUCUGAUGAGGAAAAGAAAGAAGAUGCACACUCAAAGCUCUCAGACCAAUGCAAGAAGAAAUAGAAAGAAAGGAAAACCAUGCAGGAAUGGCAAAGUGGAAGAGAUAUUGGAAGAGGAGGAGGAGGAGGAAGAGGAUUGUGAAAAUGUUUACUUUUCAACGGACGAUCUUCUUCAAGUUCGCAACUCAAUCUUCCUUCUUUUGAAAAACUUCUUAAGACUUCUACCUAAGUUCUCCCUAAAAGAAAAACCUCAAUGUGUGCAGAACUGCCUGCAGAUCUUUGUUGAAAUGACAAGCUUUGAGCCAGCGGUACACGAGUUCGAGUUUUCAGCAGCAAUGAAUGUUAAUGAAGCCAAGUACGUUCCCGAGCUGGCCUAUCAUGGGCUGCGAUUACUGUGUUCCCCUCUACAUGGUACAGAAGAUAAGAUUCUUCGUUGUGUCUUCCAGCGAAUCCUCAAUGUUAUUCUUAUGCUGGAAAGUGGUGCGGGUUCCAGACGCGCAGUCCUUGCAAUCACAUCAGCUGUGAUCAGUGCCAGGAAUCAGGCUAUAAAAUUCAUCAGUUCUGUAGUAGAUGAGCUGAAAGAAGUUGUUUUUCCUGUUCUUCGAGUAUUACUGCAACAUAUCUGUACCAAGGUCCCCGAUAAGGCUGAUUAUCGCACAUAUGCUGCACAGGCCUUGGUGAAUUUGCUGAAUAAACUCCCUUGUAUAGAGUUUGCUGACUUCAUCGCUUGGCUUUAUAAAUACUCACGCAACACUAAAGUUGCCUACAGAGUGUUUGCUCUUGAUGUAGCGUUAGCUUUGUUGGAUGUGCCCGAGAGGAACUUGGACAGCUCCUUGCCCCUGGAUCAUCAGAAGUUUCUAAAGCAUAAGUUUUUAGUACAGGUCAUGGUGUUUGGCCGGUGUUCUGACAAAGCACCCGUGGUCCGUAGCAAAGCUUUAAGCAGCUUUGCCCACUGUCUCGAAAUGAAAGCUGCUGCUACUUUGGAGAGUAUACAGGACUUAUUACAAAGCUCCUCUGACCAUACAGUCUUGGAAGCAAACACAAACACUGCGAGUUCGAUAGUCACUGCAGAAGGUAUAGAGUCAUUCUCUUAUACUGUGUCCAACCAUGCACUGAAGACCUUACCAACUUUCAGAACUAUUGAGUUGACAGACAGCAGCGAUACUGCUGUGCUUGAUGGAAAAGAAGUCAUGGCCAUGCUGAGACUGAGAGCUGGGGAUGAGAAAACCAAUGUGAGGAAAUCUGCUCUCCAGGUUUUUAUGAACAUCCUGAAGCACAAAGUGAUCCCUUGUACUGCAGAAGAUUUGUCCACUCUUCAAGAUCGUUGCCGGGACCCUGCUGUUUCUGUGCGGAAGCAGGCCUUGCAGUCUAUAACAGAUCUCCUUGUGUCUCAGCACAAUAAUGUUCUAGUGCAGAAGGCCUGGUUAAACGGAGUGGUGCCUGUUGUGAUGGACACUGAAAGUUCUGUCCAAGAAAAGGCCUUGGAUUGCCUUGAUCAGCUCUUGUUGCAACAUAUAAAAUAUUAUAAUAAAUUCAGGAGUGAAGAUGGAAAGCAGGCUCUAGCGUGGGAUCUCCUUACCCUCUUGACUUCAGAAAGCCAGGAGCUGAACCGUUACUUGAACAAAGCUUUUCAUAUGUGGUCCAGACAGAAUAAGUUCACCUCCACUUUCAUUAAUAACGUCAUGUCUCAUGUGGAAACGGAACAUGCUGUACCGGCUUGGAUGUUGCUUGCUAAGGUGGCAGGUUCUUCACCCAAACUGGAUUAUUCCAAGAUCAUUGAAUCCUGGGACAAUGUCAGCAGGCAGCAGAACAUGAGCACUGAUACUACGGGACAUAUACUGUGUGUCAUCGGUCACGUUGCAAAACACAUCCCUAAAAGCACCUGUGAGAGGCUGAUUGAUAAUAUCAAGUGCUGGCUGAGGGACUCUCAGUGUCCCUUGGAGGUGAUUAGCCCAGCUGUAGAAACUCUGCAGAAGCUCUGCCAUGCGUAUGCAGAUGUGCCGGAGGAGGCACAGGAGCUGCUCAACCAGGUGUGUGGAGUUUUAGUAUCCACCUGUGAAAGCUAUAUUUCAAAUAUAGUCCUCAAAAAGGAUGGAGCAGAGCAGCUGCAAGAAGAUCUCUUGGUGAGACACCUCUUCAUCUUGGGUGAGGCUGCGCAGCUGUGUCCAGCCAAAGUGGAGAAACGCAUCUUUCUUUUGAUUCAGUCCAUUCUGGCUGCUUCUGUCAACGAGGACCAAUUGUCUAGCUCUCCAGAUGGUGAGGAAAUUCCAGCUUCUCAGCCACUGUCCCAAUUCAGAGGAUCAGCCAUGCCUCCAGUGGUCAGAGCUCAUGCAUUCAUUACUCUAGGUAAGUUGUGUUUACAGCAUGAAGAUCUGGCAAAGAAAUGCAUUGCAGCUCUAGCUCGAGAACUGGAGGUGACACAUGAUGUGGCUGUUCGCAAUAACGUUGUCAUCGUUAUGUGUGAUCUUUGUAUCCGCUACACAUCCAUGGUGGACAGAUACGUUCCCAACAUUUCAUUGUGUCUCAAGGACCCAAAUCCCUUCAUCCGUAAGCAGACGCUGAUCCUGCUUACCAACCUUCUGCAGGAGGAGUUUGUGAAAUGGAAAGACUGUCUCUUCUUCCGUUUCGUCAGUGUCUUGGUGGAUCCAAAUCCAGAUAUUGCCAGGUUUGGAGAGUUCUGCCUGGUGCAUCUCUUACUGAAGAGGAAUCCAGUAAUGUUCUCCCAACACUUUAUUGAGUGCAUCUUCCAUUUCAAUAGCUAUGAGAAGCAUGAGAAGUACAACAGGUUCCCCCAGAGUGUGCGGGCAAAGAAUCUCUUCUCUCUGAAGGGAAAAGAUAACAAAGAAAAAAGGAUGCGUAUCUACAAGUUCCUGCUAGACCACUUUACAGAUGAGCAGAGGUUCAGCAUUACAACAAAGAUCAGCCACAGCAUCCUAGCAUGCUUUGUGGAUAAGGUCCUUCCAUUGGACCUGGAGGCCAGUGAGCUGCUCUCGGAUACGUUUGCAGUCCUUAGCUGCAAAGAAAUCAAGCUAUCCACCAUGAGAUCGAAACCCGAUGAAGACAUUCAGCCUGAUGAAGAUGAAAUGGCAAUGGCCAAUGCUGUCAUGCAGGCGGCACAAAAAAAGCUCAUCUCGCAGGUUCAAAAGAAGAACUUCAUAGAAAACAUCAUCCCAAUAAUCACGUCACUGAAGUCUUUGAUGGAGCAGAAGAGGAUCCCAGCUCUUAGGGACCUUAUGAACUACCUAAGGGAAAUGAUGCAAGAUUACCGAAAUGAAAUCAAAGACUUCUUUGCUGUGGACAAGCAGCUGGCAGCCGAGCUGGAGUACGAUAUGAAGAAAUACGAAGAGCAGCUGGCCAAGGAGAAGGAGUCAGACGAAGAGCAGGUCUCGGCAGCGCAGGCAGAGCAACCUCCAUCUUUGGAGACAGCUGUACCUUCUGGUGGCUGGAAUAAAAAAGCUCAGUCUCCUGUAAGUGGGAGACAGUCCUCGCCACCUGGAUCAAGUCCUUCCUCUGUGCCUUCUGAGUUUACAUCACCUAGUGCUGAUGUUCUGAAACAGCCGUUACUCGGUCGCAGUAGGCCAGCAUCCUUGAACACACUUGCCAUCCUGAACUCUGCCAGGAAAGCAAUGGAAGCCAGAAGCAAGCAACGCAGCAAGAGCGUUGGAGGAAUUUUAUCGGCUGUAUCACUUCCAUCAAGCACAGCUGGCAGCAAGCAAGUAUCCUUUCAAAGCCUGAAUCAACAGUCUACCGGAGAAAAUGUUUCUGUGGUGGGCCGUGCAAUCAGCACACCAGAACAGACCAUUAACGACUUGACUUUUGGUGCUGGGGUCAGUUACAUCAGCUUGACGCACACACCCGGUUCAGCUCCAGAGAAUAAAGAGGCUGAGGACGAGCCAAGAGAUAUUAUCUGUUUGGUAUCACCAGAGAAACCCCCGUCCCUGCUACGGGAGUGGAAAGUAGAAUCCCCAGCAAGGAAAAAAAGCAGCCAACGUGUCCCUCUGAGACGGUCCCAGCGCAGAACUCCACUGAAACCAGACAACUGAUCCUUUCAUUGAACUUUUGUACAGAAUCAUCAUGUUGCCUGAAAUCUGUCCCUUUCCUCUGUAAUUAUAAGUCAUUGUGGGCACAUGUCCUUCCUUCCUUAUCUAUUCUUAUCUGGUUUUUACAUGAAACUGUCUAGAAUAUGGGCAUACAAAGCCUGCAUUAACACAUGUAUGUAUUAUAAGCUGCUGCUGUUGACAAAGCUCACUGGAGUGCUAGAAAGCUGCAGUAUAAAGGGAGGCUUGCUCUUCACUCACAGGAUGUAUAAUUUGUCCAUUUGGAAAAGUAAGAGCAUAAUGUUGCCACAAGCUUAGCAAUAAAUGCAUUUAUCACAGCUUGCAGGGAAGUGAGUGGCUCAGCUUAUUCACUCGAUCCCUCAUUGUCCCUCUUGGUUAUAUACUGGAGUUGCUUUAAUUUGAACAAAGGUAAAACAGCUUGUCACUGCCACACCCCUAAAUCUGGUAAUUGCACGCUACAUCACCUCUUAUUUGUUGUGCAAACUCCUGUGUGUAUGAACAGCCUUAAUGUUCUUUUAUAUGGAAUAUUUCCAUUCUUGAACUAUGUUAUUUCCAACUAUUAACAUUUUAUGAAAAUAAAUGGUUACAGAAUUAAUUCCACCCACAGCUUCUCCCCUCUUCUUGAGCUGACAGAGAAAUUAUUUUUUUCUAUAGAUUUCUA